GACGUUCACCGCUCGACAUGAAAUCCAACUUUGCCUCCAUGUGUUGGACAAUGACGAUCAAACGAGUCAUUAGUGAAAGUUUUUUCUUCUCGUUCCUUCCCUGACUUUCGACUUUUGAUUAUUACUGCGUAAGAAUCUGUUAUGACAAUGACCGGAUGACGAGAGCUCUCUUCGAUGGGUGCGAUAAGAAUAUCGAGUACGAGAGGGAAAUAAAGAAAACUGAACGAGAUAUCUACGUAAAACAAUCAUCUGUCAAUUUAAUUGCCAGUGAAUUGUCAUUCAAUCGUUGCGGACAUGGGUGAAUCGGAGAAACCAUUCGCCUGCUCCUCUCCAGGGUGUAAUAUGAGCUUCACAAAUGAGGAUCAUCUGACGGUCCACAAGAAGAAACACGAUAUGAUCCUGAAUUUUGGAACCAACAAAACAGGUGUUUUCGUCGCUGAUCAAACGCCCACACCAACGAGAUUCAUAAGGAACUGCGAGGAAAUGGGUUUAUUUCAGGAUUUGCAGAACGUUAAUCCGUUCGACGAGACUUUCAGAAGAGCUGUGGAAUCGGGGAAACUUGGAUCAUUACCAGAAUCCGAGAUGGUUCAGAGUGAUGAUACCCUGCACACUCCCCAGGUUUUUCCUCAUAUCGAGAAUGAUCAGUCCUCAGGGAGCAGAAAAUUAUCCUCAGAUACCCCUGACGAUCCCUGUGAGCUCCAGAAAAAUAUCGUUGACACGACGACAAUCACAAAAACUACUGAGACAGUUGUUAUAGAGGAAGCUGACACCUCUGUAACAUCUGUUUUAACAACAGCAUCCAACAGUCUAUCAAUAAACAGAGAGGAACUUCAGCUCAUUUUGAAGAUGGACGAUGGUAAAUUGAUGCCACUGUCAGCAAUUCCAGCUUGUGGUUCAAACAGUGUUUCUGGUAUUACCACUCAGCCAGUGGAACCGCAGACUAUCGUUAUAAAAACAGAUUCUCCAGUUAAAUGCCCGCAGACUGCGGAAUCGAAGAAGGAGAGGCUGUCUCUGGCGAAAAUGAAAUUGAAGCAAGUGCUUAUCAAAAACGAGUUUUCUGCUGAGCAAAACCCAAACCUCGAGGAAUCUACUAAUUUCACCCCCAAAGCUCAGAAAGAAAAACCUCAAGAUCCACAUAAAAAGCAAGAUAUUCUCGCGCGAAAUCGUGCAAGUUCGAUGCGGGCCCGAGCAAAGCGAAAGCAGUGGAUCGAGCAGCUGGAAAAAUCGAUGCAGAACGUCAAUGAGUUGAACACAGUUCUCCAGCUGGAGAUAAAAUCCCUUCGCUCUGAAGUUGCGAAGCUCAAGACCCUUUUGUUGGCUCACAAAGACUGUCCAGUUACCAAGGCCAUGGAUAAAGACAUCAUCUUGGAGGCCCAGAUGGUCUCAGUGCCUCAUUUUCUCGAAGUUCCUCCAAGUGACUUAUCGACUCCAGUAUUCUCAGAAAAACGAAAAUCCUCAAACGACUGUCCAAAAUCAGCAAAACGAAGGCCGUCAGUUCUCCACCAGAAGCAAUCAAUUCUCCUCCCAAAAUUCGAGGAUAAAAAUGUACCGAUCUGCGUGACAAAACUCGUACAUGGCCCCUCCCAGCCCCUGAAGAUCGUAGAGCUCGAUAAGAGGGCCAACAAAUCGAUCCUCAUCCUCCAGAACUCCUCUCUGCGAAGGGCCCAAUGCCUCAACUCCCGUCAAAUUGUCCAGGUGGAUCAGAGAUUUCAAUUGAUGAACGUUGCCUCCAAGAGCACUGGAGCCUAGACCCGAACUCAAAAAUUGAAGGAAAAAAAUACAGAGCUAUUUGGACUUCGACUGCAAUUCCAUCUGGAGAAAAUUAAUUCACACCGAGUGCUGGAUAUUCUGUUUUUGGAGGCAUGCCCUCGAGAAGUGGUCGUUCAAGUCCAGUAGUCAUCCGGAAGCAAUUACCUCUCAAAGUGUUCGAUACAGAGCCAAAUCCAUUAGUGUCAGCUGCCAGGGCCAUUAUAAUUUCUCACCCAGUAUUAAUUAUUAGUUCAAUUGUUUUAUUCGUGUUAAUUGCAUCGGUGAGUGCAUUUUCUGUUGAGUAUUUUAUUGAAAAUAGGCGAUAAGUGUUUAUUGACAGUUCAUUUUCAGCUGUUCAAGUUAUAAAUAAAGAGGAACAUGUGGAUGAAUCAUUUGGGCUUUUAUUACUUAGCAUUAUUCCCUGAUGAGUCAAAUAACCAUUCAUUUCUGAAGUACUCCAUAAUCGAAUAGUUUCAUCAUGUACAAUUGCCUUUAUUGAUUACAAUCAUUCAGCCCCGUUCACAAUCAAAAUUAUAGAUACUGAAAUAAACCAAAUGAAAAUACAAAUGAGUUCUCAUACAUUCCGUCGUUUUUAUUAAUUAUUAACCAAAUCGUUAAUUUCGGUCAGUGCAUGAUGAAAAAUCAUUGAAACACAUUAUCUCUGUUUAUUCAAUUGAGUAAUACCUCGUGGCCCAUUCCAGUGACGUAAUCCCUCAUUCCAAUCUCCAAAAACAAAUAAAAAAAAA